CACAUCCUUCAGCCCAACAGCGACGACGGCUCACCACUCUUCCCGCCGAGCACAGUGGCCACCGGCAGCAACAGCAACAGCAGUCCCUCCGCCUCACCACUUUCGAAAAACAAGGAAAUUCUCCCUCCGUCCUUGUCUCGAGCGCGUGCACCGUCGAAUACGUAUCACCAGCACCAGCCACAAUCACCAGCAGACGCACUACUCCGUCGCAUGUCUUCCUCGUCGGCUUCGGGCUCCCAUUCUGCUUCAGCUUCGCGGUCACCGGAGAUGCCGCGAACUCCCUUGAGAGAUGCGUUACCCCUCACUGCCGCCUCGGACAUAUCGAGCUUCUCGUCCCCGCCAACGCGUCGGACCCCUCUCCGUCCGAGCAUACCAUACGCUCCUCGAAAUCGUCGAACACCAGCAGGCUCCAUCCUCAUCCCACUAUCAGACGAAGAACGAGAGUUCUACAAGAGACUCAGUAAGAAUCCAUUAAAGGAGAACGCUCUAGGUAAACGCAAGUUUGGGGAACUUUCGAAUGAGACGCUUAGACCAAGAGCCUUUGAUGAGACACCGUCGAAAAGGCUUAACCGGGAUGUAGGGCUUGUCGUUUCGCAUUAUAAUCUUAGGCCAGACGUAGGCGUGACCCAAAGACAGCAAUCUCCCAUUAUCGGGCUUAAGAACUUCAACAACUGGGUCAAAUCAGUCCUUAUAGCCCGUUUCGCACAUCCUGUACUACACGGGGACGAUUCGAGUGAUCCUAAGCUUGGAAAAGACGGGAAAGUGCAGUUUAAUGGAGGAGGUGGUUCGGGUAAGGUGUUGGACAUGGGAUGCGGGAAAGGAGGUGAUCUGAAUAAAUGGCAGAAGGCGAAAGUAAGGUUUUAUGUUGGUGUCGAUAUUGCCGAAAUAUCCGUCGACCAAGCUCGUUCACGAUACAUGUCCUCAGCCGCUGCCAAUCCCUUAAAAAGCACUUCCCGGUUCAACGCCUUCUUCGCUGCCAUAGACUGUUUCAGCCACUCGUUAAGCGAGGUCCCGAAUAUGCCUAUCCCGCCUGACGCACCGCCAUUUGACGUCGUGUCGAUGCAAUUCUGUAUGCAUUAUGCGUUUGAGAGCGUACAGAAGGCGAGAGUGAUGUUGGAGAAUGUGACGAGGUGGUUGAGAAGGGGAGGGAGGUUUGUGGGGACUAUUCCGAAUGAUAAGUUCUUGCUUGAACGACUCGACGCACUCCCACCAGACCAAGACCGUUCAGACCUCUCGUUCGGGAACUCAGUGUAUAAGAUAAAGUUCGACGACCGAGAACGAAAACCGGUUUUUGGACAUCGGUAUUCGUUCUUCUUGCGUGAUGCGGUGGAGGACGUACCGGAGUAUGUCGUGCAUUGGGAUAACUUUGUUCAAAUGGCAUCAGAGUACCACCUUCAACUGAUAUACAAAUCCGAGUUUCACGAUGUGUACGCAGAGCAUUUCGAGCAUCCUGAGUAUGGGCAGCUGUUACAGCGUAUGAAGGUUGUCGAUUCAAGGGGGGAGAGUCAGAUGGAUGAGGAUCAGUGGGAGGCUGCUAAUGUAUAUAUAGCGUUUGCGUUCGAGAAGCUAUGAGAAUUUUGGCACCACUGGCUCAGACACCAAUUACUUUCACUACCGUUUUAUUCUUGUGCCAUUUUUCUCUUCCUCGUCGCCAUUCUUCUUGUUUCUAAAGUUUACUUUUCCUCUUCCUACUAUCUGUGAAUUCACCCACCCACCCGGCCGCUUGUCAUGCUGGUUAUCAUGCUUGCUUGUAACUUUCUUGGUCUUCCCGCUCUUUCUUGUUGGCUCUGUAUCAUUAUAAUGAUUAGCCACGCUUUUUCAAUUUUCAACUAAGUACUUGCUACAUUACGAUACUCACGCAUAUGUAGGAUCGUUUAAUAACGACUUCUUUCUUUCCUCUGUUUACUUCAUUUCUCUGUUCUUUCUGAUUCUGAUUUUCUCUUUGUGAACUUGUUCCUCCUCUCUUGUUGAUUUUUC